CGUAACUUUAGUAAUAGAAAAGAAGUCAAGAAAAGCAGGAAAAAUAAUGUACGAUCUGACGGGUAAGCAUGUCUGCUAUGUAGCUGACUGCGGUGGCAUUGCACUGGAGACUAGCAAGGUUCUCAUGACCAAGAAUAUAGCGAAACUGGCAAUCCUCCAGAGCGUGGAAAACCAACCGGCCAUCGCUCGGCUUCAAUCCAUUAAGCACAGCACACAGAUCUUCUUCUGGACCUUCGAUGUGACCAUGGCCCGACAGGAGAUGAAGAAGUACUUCGAUGAGGUCAUGGUCCAGAUGGACUACAUCGAUGUACUAAUCAAUGGAGCAACCCUGUGCGAUGAGCGGAACAUUGAUGCCACCAUCAAUACAAAUCUGACCGGAAUGAUGAACACCGUGGCCACUGUGCUGCCCUACAUGGACCGAAAGAUGGGCGGAUCGGGUGGAUUGAUCGUGAAUGUCACCUCUGUCAUAGGAUUGGAUCCAUCGCCAGUCUUUUGUGCAUACAGUGCCUCAAAGUUUGGUGUGAUUGGGUUCACCAGAAGUCUAGCGGAUCCCCUGUACUACACCCAAAAUGGUGUGGCUGUCAUGGCCGUCUGCUGUGGCCCCACCAAAGUGUUUGUCGAUCGGGAACUGAAUGCCUUUCUGGAGUACGGUCAAACCUUUGCCGAUCGCUUGCGUCGUGCACCCUGCCAAUCGACUGCCGUCUGCGGCCAGAAUAUAGUAACUGCCAUUGAAAGAUCGGAAAAUGGACAGAUUUGGAUUGCCGACAAGGGCGGAUUGGAGUUGGUGACCCUACACUGGUAUUGGCAUAUGGCCGAUCAGUUUUUAAACUAUAUGCAGAGCACUGAUGACGAGAAUCAGGAACAGUUUGUAUCAGGACAGCGAUAAGGAGUAUCGGAAAUUA